CAGAGUUACUCACACAUCUGAUUCGGUACAAGCCACACACACACACACUUUCACAAGCAAGAAGACAGAGAGGAGUUGAUUUGAACAGCUGUUGGAGGAGCGUUCUGUUCAUGGCAGAGAUUUACAGUGGUGGCCAGCUACACCACUUCAUUGAUGGCUAUGAUGUGCAGGGUAGUAACUGGAUGCGGUACGUCAACCCAGCACGCUCAAUGGCCGAACAGAACCUGGUGGCCUGUCAGAACGGCCAGGAAAUUUUCUUUUACACCAUCCGGCCGGUGGAGCCGAAAGAAGAACUGCUGGUUUGGUACAGUCCUGAGUUCUCCCAGAGACUGUGCGGCCGGACAGAGCAACCAGACAGCUUGAAGCCAAAGCACAUGCCGGAUAUCGGGUACGAGUAUCACAAGCAGCCGCUACCUCAGUACUACCCGAAACAACCCCCCAGCCCGUACAAACUUCAGAGCGAGGGAGAGGAUGAUGAGGUCGACGAAAAGAUUGACGUUGAGGUUAUCGAAAGGGACACGCCACCCGACACACCAGACGAGCAAGUCAUAGAUUGCAGCGCGAAGAUCCUCAAAGCCGUUCCACCAGGGCCUGUGCAUUCUCCACAUCUAAGUCAAAAGGAGCUGAACAUGCGCGCUCAUCCGUACCAAACACUCUCCCCACCACAUGAGCUCCCCCUUCACCUACAUGGUCUCUAUCGUCAUCGGGAAGGUUUGAUCUCACACCCUUCCUUGCCCUCACCGAGACCUUUGCAUGCUCCCUAUCACCUUUUAUCACCGUACAACCCUCAUUAUCCCCGUUUGCUUCUUCCUCCAUAUUCUCCACCCUUCCCCUCCAUGUUGCCCUCGAAAAGGUACAACAGCUUUUUGGGUACUGAUGGCUUACCCUAUCCCUCCAUACCCCAACCUGGCCUGCUACCUGUUAAUUUGCCCUAUCCCAACCCACUUCAUGGAGGUCUGAAGGAGAGAAUCCCAAACACACCACCGCAAGGAGCUCCAGCAACUCCUGAACUCUCCCCUCAGCCGAAGCACUCCCCCCAGCAGACGUCGCUGAAGCCUCUUUCAAAAUGCGAGGAGGCCAUCAACCUCAGCGUGUCAUCGCCCAGGAGCACAUCACCUGCAUACUCCCCCUCUCCACCGCCCCCUGGGUACAAAUCUCUCCCUUACCCACUCAAGAAACAAAAUGGCAAAAUCAAAUAUGAAUGCAACAUCUGUAUGAAAACAUUCGGACAGCUGUCCAACCUCAAAGUGCACUUGAGGGUCCACAGUGGCGAAAGGCCAUUCCAGUGUAACCUCUGUAAAAAGAGCUUUACCCAGCUAGCCCACCUCCAGAAACAUCACCUGGUCCACACAGGAGAGAAACCACACGAGUGCCAGGUGUGUCACAAACGCUUCAGCAGCACUAGUAACCUGAAGACCCACCUGCGUCUGCACUCGGGCGAAAAGCCCUAUCAGUGCAAGCUAUGUGGGGUGAAAUUCACCCAAUACAUCCACCUCAAACUCCACCGACGGCUGCACAGCUCUCGCGACCGACCCCACUGCUGCCAGGCCUGCUCCAGAGGCUUCAUCCAUCUCUUCUCCCUGCAUCUUCAUCAGCGCUCGGGCUGCUGUCCGGCCUCCCGUCCCGAAAUCCCAGAGCUGAGACGUGGGGGGGAGCUGGUGGAGCAUUUCGAUGCCAGUCACGAGGCUGAGGCCCUGCCCGAGACUGCUGGAGAAAGUGAUGUUGAUGCCGCUUUGGAAAAAUGGCUGGCCAGAAGUUUGGAAAGUGGUGAGGGGAAGGAGGACCAUGGGGUCCUCGAAGGAUUCCCAGCGGUGCCACGAGGGGUGACCGCUGUGGGGCAUCACCAGGAGAGAGCCAGUGUAGUACACUUCAACCAUCGGUCUUCUGUUAAGACUGAGGAUGAGUAGAUGUGGGAGAAAUGUCGCUUUUCAGCCAAUUGCUAUCUAUGCACAGGGCAUUCCCUAGGAGACACCAAAAAGCCAAAUGGGUAGGAAUCGAAGAAAGGAUGAGUAAACCAAGCCAAUGAGAGCCGCACCAAACAAAUAGUGUUUCCAAAGACUUGAGGAAUGAGUGAAGUCGCUGAACUUUACACUCUGUUUUAGAAUGAAGAUGUGAUUAUAGUGUCUUUUAUACAUCUGUAAACAACUGUUUAUGUGAGUUUGUCUUAACUUAUUAUUGUUGAAGUUUUCUUGUUAAGCACAAUAUCAAAUUUUAUCAAGUUUUGUAUUUGUAUACUUUUGUAUGUUUGGCUUACUGAUUCGUACGUUCUUUGGAACAUCUUCCUGUUUAAAAAAGGUAUUCUCAGGAAUAAUGCAUCAAUCCCAUUAUGGACAGUAUGUGAGGGUCCCAACGGACCGGAUAUUUUUUCCAUCAAUCCAAGUGUAAAUUGUGUAUGUGAGCAUGGUUCUGUCUGUGGAUUUAAACCAGUGUGUUAACUCAAGUUUUGUUUUCAAAAAUUGUUGUUUUUGAACCCAUUUUUUUAAGAACUUGCCUCGCUUUUUUUAUUUAUUAUUUAAAAGAAAUAAUAUUUUGUUUAUUAGUAUAUUUUGAUACUCUUUUGUGUCUACCAAUGUUUACUGUUGUUUCUUUAAUCCGAACGAGUAUUUUUAGCACUAUGAAACAGCCCAAUCAAUGUAGCUCGAUUUUAACUGAAUUAUUUAGGAUGAAGAUUGCAAUAAGUCUUUACAAACUACAGACACAACAGUACCUCAGUCAAACAGAAAUGAAAUUGUUAGCUUCAUAUUGUAUGCUCUUUUAAUUUAUUUGAUGUCGGCACUGGAAAAAGCAGGAACUAGAUCCAAUUGCUGGAUGAUUCUUGGCCCUAACAGGGUGCUCUAUAAACGUUGUUCUGUACAGUUUUUGUUUUGUUACGUUAGUUUAUCGUUGGCUCAGUCUAAAAGAUGUUGACACUUUAUAUAUGUGAGAACCUAUUUUUGACAAACUUUUAUAAUGUAGCACAUUAAACGUUACUUCUCUAA